AUGGCUAGUCUCAAUGUUCUUACCUUUGAUGCUGAGGGUCGGGCUGUUGACUUUGAGGCCUGGCUAGAUGAUCUGCAGCUUUUCCUACAGUGCGAUAGCAAGGAUGGUCUCUCACUGUUCGAUCUCACUUCUGGCGCCUCUACUGCCCCUACUGCUGAUGCUGACAGUACUGUUCGCUCGCAGUGGCUCACGCGCGAUGCUGCUGCUCGUCUUGCUGUGCGCAACCACCUGCCGUCUACUGAGCGCGCGCACUUUAUCACCCGCCUCCCUGACUCUCUCUCCUCAGUCAGGGAUCACUUUCUCUCCCUUUUCCCUACCGAGCUGACUGUCGACUUGCUAGAGGAGCGCCUUGCUGCAGCUGAGAAAAGUAUCUUAGCUGUUGGUGCUUCUCGCGGUGACCGUCGCACCCCCUUCUUUGAGGGGUGUUCCCCUGUCCCCCUUCUCCCCUCUGUUGCCUCUGCUGCUGCUGUCGACCUCGUUGGCACUGAGGAGGUCGGCGCUGCGUCUGCCCCUAGUGGGCGACGCCGCACUGGCAAGGGCAAGGGAAGCAGGGGUGGUGGUGGGGGCGGUGGAGGCAGCGGUGGAGGAGGUGGAGGAGGUGGAGGUGGUGGUGGGGGUGGUUCCGGGAGUGGGGGCGUAGGUGGCGGCAGUGGCGGCCGUGGCGGCGGUGGUGGAGGAGGUGGCGGCGGCGGUGGUGGAGGUAGCGGAGGAGGUGGUGCUGGUCGCGGUGCGGCCACGCAGUGUGGAGGCCUUGGUGGCAGCCAGCGUCCGCAGCAGCUGCGCACCCGUGAGACCCCGUCUGUUCAGCAGCUUCGUGAGUGGUACGCUGGACGUGGGAGGUCUGGGGGUGCAGGUCCCUGCGCGUACGUUCUUCGCACCGGCACUCGUAGUGGGGAGGUGUGUGGUCUCCCACACACCACGCAGCGCUGCUUUGGCCGCUUGACUGACGCUUGGCGUACCCAGUUUCCUGACGCUGUUGAGCUUCCUCGUUGGCAUGAUCUGCUUCUGCAGAAUGUGCCUAUCUUUGAUCUAGAUUUUGAUGCUAUCCUUGCUGCCAUGUAUGCUCUUGCUGAUAUUACUGAGGGUGACUGUUACCUGCGUGUCCCGCCCGACCCGGGCACUGUGGCUGCUGCUCUAGGUGCUAGUGCGGCUGCUGAUCUAGGUGCUAGUGCGUCUGCUGCUCCAGGUGCUGGUACGUCUCCUCCCUCUGGUACUGCACCUACUGAGUCCUUUCACACCUUCACACUUGACUCUGGUGCUUCGCGCUCUUUCUUUAGAGACAGCACCACGCUCACGCCGCUCCGUCGGCCUGUUGCGGUCUCCCUUGCUGACCCCUCCGGGGGACCAGUCCUUGCACACUCCUCCACGGUUCUACCGUGUCCUGCGGCCCCGUCGGGUUUGCUGUCGGGACUCCACCUCCCCUCGUUCUCUACGAACUUGGUGAGUGGAGCUGACCUCCAGGACGCGUGGGUUGACCAGUUCACCCCUGGAGGUCAGCGUGUGACCCACUGCACUUGCUCUCGGACGGGCCGCCACCUGGCCACGUUCACCCGUCGGCCAGGGUCGAGUCUGUACACACUGACUACUGCGCCUCCUCCGGUCCCUGCGUCUGGUCAGGUAGCUGCGUCCAGUCAGGUGUUUGCUGCUGCGUCCAGGUCUAGUCCUGCGUCUGCCCCCUGCUCGUGUCGUCCUCUGGCGCACGAGACUCUCCUCUGGCACCACCGCCUUGGUCACCCCUCCCUGCCUCGUCUUCGAGGUAUGGCCUCCCGUGCUCUUGUCCCUGGACUCCCCAGGUCCCUCCCUCCCCUUCCUCCGGGGCCUGCCCCCACCUGUGUUCCUUGUGUCGAGGGCCGCCAGCGCGCCGCUCCUCACUCCUCCUCGUUUCCUCCGACUGAGGCCCCUCUGCAGACUCUUCACAUGGACGUGUGGGGCCCAGCCCGCGUUCGUGGACAGGGUCACGAGCGUUACUUCCUGCUGGUCGUUGACGACUACUCGCGUUACACCACAGUCUUCCCCUUGCGCAGCAAGGGUGAGGUCACUGAGGUGUUGAUCGACUGGAUCCGCGGUGCUCGUCGCCAGCUUAGUGAGAGUUUCGGCUCCGACCUUCCUGUUUUGCGUCUGCACUCAGACAGAGGCGGGGAGUUUUCCUCCGACCUUCUGAGAGCCUUCUGUCGUUUGGAGGGCAUCCGCCAGACGUUCACGCUUCCGGCCUCCCCGCAGCAAAAUGGGAUUGCUGAGCGCCGCAUUGGCAUGGUCAUGGAUGUCGCUCGUACGUCCAUGAUCCAUGCGGCUGCUCCCCACUUUCUGUGGCCGUUCGCGGUUCAGUAUGCUGCGCAUCAGAUCAACCUUCAGCCUCGUGUCUCCUUGCCGGAGACCACACCUACUCUGCGGUGGACGGGGAAGGUUGGCGAUGCGUCCGCGUUCCGUGUCUGGGGAUCUCGAGCUUUUGUCCGCGAUACUACAGCGGACAAGCUGUCCUCCCAUGCCGUUCCCUGUGUCUUCCUUGGCUUCCCUCCUGACGCACCCGGGUGGCAGUUCUACCACCCCAGCUCGCGUCGUGUUCUGUCCUCUCAGGACGUCACGUUUGACGAGUCGGUGUCGUACUACCGUCUCUUUCCCUACCGCACUGCCUCUCCCCCUCCCCCGCCGCUCUUCCUUGCCCCAGGUACUCCUCCGGUAGACCCCCUCCCCCCCCAGGGUCCUGCCCCCUCAGGUGUGUCCCAGGUAGACCCUGCCGAGCCGGUCGAGGUAGCUGUCGACUCAGGUGCUGCUAGGGGUGCUGACCCUGCGGGUGCGGGGACUGGGGGUGCUGAGACUGGGGGUGCUGAGUCUGGGGGUGCUGAGACUGGGCGUGCUGAGCCUGGGGGUGUGGCGCCUGAGGGUACUGUGUCUGGAGGUGCUGAGCCUGCGCGUGUUGAGUCUGGAGGUGCUCUGAGUGUCUCGUCGCGGCGGGAGCCCCUCUCUCCACAGCGGCUUCGUGAGUGGUACUCUCAGCGCUGUCGGGUUGCUGCUGGAGGUGCUGCUGGUGCGGGUGCUGCUGGAGGUGCUGGCGCUGCUGGAGGUGGUGCUGGUGCUGGAGCUGCUGGAGGUGCUGCUGGUGCUGGAGGUGCUACUGGAGCUACUGGAGGUGCUGGCACUGCUGGAGGUGGUGCUGGUGCUGGAGCUGCUGGAGCUGCUGGAGGUGCUGGUGCUGCUGGAGGUGGUGCUGGUGCUGGAGCUACAGGAGGUGCUGCUGGUGCUGGAGCUGCUGGAGGUGCUGCUAGGACUGGAGACCCUGAGGCUGAGGGUACCGGUUCUGUCUCUGCUGUUUCUCGAGGCGCUGCGCGGCCGCGGCCGUACUACGUUCCGCUUCUUCAGCAGGUUCUUGGCUCCCCACCUUCUCCUGGUCCUCCUCCUUCCCUGAGUCCACCGCCUGUCCCGUCUCAGUCGCAGUUACAGCCGGCCUCUCCGCUGCCUGGUCCUUCUCCUUACUCUGGUCCGACUAGAGGUCUUACGGAGCGUCGUGAGCCUGAGUCGCGUCCUGUGUCGCCUGCGUCUCGUUCUACGUCGCCUGUCCGUUCUAUUCGCGCUGGUCGUGUUUCGCGUCCGCGUCUUCCUCCUGUCCCUGGCACUCACUCUAUGACUCUGCGUCCUUCCACUGCUCCACAGCGUGUCCCUCUGCCCUCUCCUCCUGCGUCCUCUCUUCCUGACGGUCCGGACCCGGAGUCUGACUCGCUUCGUGCUGCUAGUCCUACUGUCACGCGCUUUCUGGCCACUGCUGUCACUGACCCCCUGUUUGAGUUCUCUGCUGCGUCUGCUCUUGUUGCUGAGCUUGUUGACUUUGCUGCAGCCUGUCGCCUAGACUACGCCGCUAGUCUUGUUGCUGAGUCUGCGUCUGUGUCUGUCUGUCCUCCGUCCGUCGGGGGUGAGUGUGCUCUUGGCACGGACGUCCUUGAGGACAGGCAGGAGGACCUUGAGUGCUUUGCUGCUGCUUCACCUCAUCUCGUGUCCAUGCUGCUUGCCCCUGAGGGAGACCCGGAUGCACUAGACAUCCCGACCCCGCGCUCUUACGCAGAGGCGAUAGAGGGUCCCUACUCCUCCCAGUGGCAGGCAGCCAUGGACGCAGAGAUGGCUUCCUGGAAGUCCACAGGCACCUACGUAGACGAGGUUCCCCCACCUGGGGCGAACAUCGUCAGUGGCAUGUGGAUCUUCAGGGUGAAGCGGCCGCCGGGUUCUCCGCCUGCCUUCAAGGCGCGUUACGUUGCACGUGGCUUCAGUCAGCGACAGGGAGUUGACUUCUUUCAGACCUUCUCCCCUACCCCGAAGAUGACCACUCUUCGGGUACUGCUGCACGUUGCUGCUCAGCGUGACUACGAGCUCCACUCGCUUGACUUCAGCACAGCCUUCCUACAGGGCAGCCUGCACGAGGAGAUCUGGCUGCGCCGCCCACCUGGCUUCACUGGGUCGUUUCCUGCUGGUACCCAGUGGAGCCUCCGGCGGCCAGUCUACGGUCUCCGCCAGGCGCCUCGUGAGUGGCACGACACGCUCAGGACGACUCUUGCUGCUCUUGGUUUUGCUCCUUCCACUGCUGACCCUUCUCUGUUUCCACGCACUGACGCUACUCUGCCGCCGUUCUACGUUUUUGUGUACGUAGACGACCUUGUCUUUGCUACUGCUGACACGGAGGCACUCGCCCACGUGAAGUCCGAGCUGCAGAAGAGACACACGUGCACAGACCGGGGUGAGCUCACAAGCUAUCUUGGCUUGCGGAUCACCCGGGACAGAGCACAGCGCACCAUUACCCUGACUCAGUCACACAUGGUGCAGCAGGUCCUUCAGCGCUUCGGCUUCACCUACUCCUCGCCACAGUCCACUCCUCUGCCUACCGGUCACUCGCUCUCAGCUCCACCUUCGGACGAGUCCGUAGAGCCGAGUGGCCCGUAUCCAGAGCUUGUGGGCUGCCUCAUGUACCUGAUGACUUGCACACGACCUGACCUCGCAUACCCUCUCAGCCUUCUGGCUCGCUACGUGGCUCCCGGCAGGCACCGAAAGGUGCACUGGGAUGCUGCGAAGAGGGUGUUGCGAUACUUGUGCAGUACAUCGGGCAUGGGGCUCGUGCUUGGAGGACGGGCUUGA